UCAAUUAAGUGUGUGUCUGUUCGAGUGUUCGUUUAUAAUUCCUAGUAUUAUGUUGGCUUUUACGUAACUACUUUAAUUGCUUUUUUCACGGAAUCACUUCAUCGGAAAGCUAAAGGACAAAGCCGGUACAUAGUCGGUACGAUUGCAGAUAAUCAAGAUCAAAAAUCGGCCAUGUUAUCGAAAAUUCGAUAAGAAUAUUGGAAGAUGGAUGUGCACACACAGAACAAGAGGAGAUUGCAUUCCUCCUGAGUGUUUGAACUUCUUAAAGACGAAGAUGUUAAACGUUUGAUAGCUAUAUAAGUGAACGUUUUCAAAAGUACUAUGGCAGAUUCAAACGUGUACAACGUGAAUGCAGAUAGUUCCAUCGUGAUUAUGGGCGAAGGACAUAUGAUCAACAUUGGGCAACAAAAAGAAAACAUUGAUGACAAGAAAGAAGCUCCGAAUAUAUUACAAACCGUGUCAAAACUUCCAGCAAAGCCUUUCCACAAGUGUUCGACGCGAGUUCGCGAUGUCGAUAAAAUGAAGUCCAUUUUCAAAGGCAUGGAAGAUGAACAACAGGCGCAUUUGACAGCUAUUUAUAUCACAGGGCCCCCCGGUUCUGGGAAGACGCAACUAGCACGUCAAUUCGGGGAACAAUUUCAAGGAGACGUAACAAAUAAUGGUACAGAGCGUCCAGUUGUGAUGACAUUAAUUGUCGAGUCAAUGAAAACAUUGUUUAAAUCGAUAAAAGAGUUGUUAGAUCAUCUUCAUUUGGCAAAAUCAGACACUGUAACUGAAACUGAGGAAGAUGGCGAGAUCAAGGUCGUGCAGCUGUAUAUGGAAGAAUUACGAAAGGUGCUGAGGGGAUACCCAGGAAAGUGGCUUCUCAUUUUGGAUAAUAUGUUUGGAAAUAAGGAUUUCCACGAAAUAUUACCACAACCAGGUUGUGAAAACUGGGGCAAUGGGAAAAUGAUCGUAACGACUCAAAAUAGUGACCUUGCUCCUGUAUGUCACCAAUACGCUAAAGAUCUCUCCUUGAAGUGUGGAUUGGACGAGAACGAUGCAGUCAACUUACUCCAGGAAAUAAGUGGAGUUAAAGUGGAUGAAUUUGCUGUAAAUUUGGUCAAAGAAUUAGAGUUUCUCCCUCUAUCUCUUGCCUGCGCAGCGACCUAUGUCAGUGAAAUGAAGAAGGAUCGUCCUUCUAAAAAAUUCUCCUGGGAGCAAUAUCUUAAUCUCUAUCGUGAGCACAGAGGUAUGAUGAGAUCUCGGACAUUUGAGACAUAUAACGUAUAUCGCGAUUCAAUGGUUGUAGCUGCACGACUAGCCACAAGCCGCCUAGCUGAAUAUAGCGACGUUCUUCGUAAUGCUUUUGACUUUUUAUCAUAUUGCACUACAAGCCCAGUACCUUUAAUCUUCGUUUCAAGCUAUGUUCAAGAAUCAAUUCCAUCUGGUAGAAUAAGUGAUGAAAUCUUAGCUGAAAUUUCUCGUUGCUCCUUACUGUCGCUGCCAGAUGAUUCAUCCUCUUUUUCAACAGUGGAAACUGUUAAAUUCCACCAGGUAAUGGGAAAAGCUUUUGAAUACGCGAGGGAGGAACGAGCUUCUUCGCAGAACUUGGACGCUGAACAGAGAAGAAUGGAAUAUGUGUCUCUGUUACAUUCCUUACAAGAGAGUUUGGAAAAGGUUAUUCCAGGUAACGAUCGCGAUAGUGUCGCACUGAAGAUGUUAGCUAGUCCUCAUCUGAAGGUGGUUAUAGAUUAUGGUAAAGCCAAAAACUGGACUGACUGUUCCGAAUUUGUUGAUAUUGUCACCAUUCUUGCAAAUUGUCUUUACAACGUUCCUGGUGUCACGGAGUCUGAACGCAUCUCGUAUUGCGAACUUGCCAAUGAAAUUGCUCUACGUCUCUCGAAACCCAUGAAAAGCAUCCGGUACUGCCAUCUACUGAAAUCGCUUGGUUUCUACUACCGAGAAGCAAAUUACCUCGAUAAAGCUGUGGUUAUUCUUAAAGAAGGUCUUCGCUUGACUGAAAAUAAAGAAAGCAACGAAUGGGUGGUUUUGAAAUCCGCUCUGCUCAGCGUUCUAUCGUGGACGUUUAAAAUGCAGACGAAAUUCGAUCAGGCAGAGGAGGCGAUGAAGAAGUCGAUCGAUCUGGCAAAAAAAUCGUUCGGGGCGAAUCAUCAAGUGAUUGUAGAAAGGCUUUGCGAUUUUGCAAUCAUAUAUCGCGAAAAGGUAGAUAUCGCGAAAGCUAAAGAAAUGGCAGACCAAGCACGUCAAAUGGCUAAGAUCACCACAGGCAAUUUGCAUCUAACGAGAGCACAGGCAGCCAAUUAUUCUGCAAAAAUUUACUUACGUUAUGCGGAAAUGAUUGACAGCCUUGAGCAGAAGAAAAGCCUGCUGUAUGAUUCACUAAAACUACACGCGGAUGCAUUGGCCAUAUACGAAAAUGUUUUAGGAGAGGAUCAUAUUUUUGUGGCAGGAGUAUGUAUGACGUAUGGUACUGUGUACAAGGAGCUGAAUGAUUAUACGCAUGCGCUUGAAUUUGUCAAACGAGCGGAGGAAAUCUAUCGGGAUGUUGAACAUGUUCAAUUGAGUUCUGCUCUUCGCUAUAAGACCGAGGUAUUACUGGCUCUUGGUGAAGCUAACGAGGCCGAAAAAGCUAUUAAGAAAAGCAUCGAGAUAGAAAACUGUGGCCGUGCUAGAUUUCUGUUAGCCGAUGUCUAUUUGCAUCAAGAAAAAUACCAGGAAGCCAGAGAUGUUAUCCAAGAAGUUCUCACUCGAUGGAAGUCAGGCAUUCUUCCUCCAACCCAUUUUUGGGUAAAGCAUGCUGAGAAGAUAAAACAAGAAUGCGACAGAGAAAUUAGAUUCAAAAUAUUCCUUAGAUUUCUUCCGGUGGUUGUUUUAAUCGUUGCAAUCUUUCUUGCUGUUUGGUACAGCUGGUAAUCCCAAACUACAUGCAGUAAUCCACCAAUGUAAACAAUGUACAGUUAUACUGUCAAUAUUGACCUAUACGUCGUUGUGAUGAUAAAUUAAUACAAUUUAUGUUGCUAUGAUGUUCACCUGGAGAUUAUAGUUAUGAUUUAUUUCUGUAUAUUUAAGAACGUGUGUAGACAAUAAUUUAUUAUAAAUAGUACUUAUUGUAGACAGUAUUUUGGCCUACCCUUUUAACAUUUAGUUUUUCUUUCUCAGUAAUAAAUUCAGCUUUCCUGCAUGUGGUGUCUGACUUCAGUUUGUACAUGAAGAUGGAUUAUGAAAAUUAUAAAACGACCAGUCUCUAGUUUGUGCACACAUGAAAAUACGUAAGAUAGGAGCAGUAGUAGUUUGUGCCACUGCAAAAGACGAAAGUGGGUCCUUCUCGAUUUGAGCAAACUCGCCUAAUCACAAAGCGUUCGACGCACAAAGACCUCCUCUGCCGGAGACAAAGAACUCGGCGAGAAAAAGCAAGGGAGUAAUUGCAAUCCUCA